AUGCGAAACUAUAUGCGCCCUCUUUCUGCAUGUGGGCCAACCUGUAGCUUCCGAGACAUUGUGAUCCUGCUCUUCACGUUGGCUUGGUGCGCCAGCAAGAUCGCCUACGCUCACGAGGAGACGCUGACGGAAGACAGAGUCUUGCACGCCCCCACGAGCCUGUUGCUGGGCGAGACGUUGUUCGUGGCCCUGUUCUCGCUGCCCGGGGAGCUGCAGUUCUGGCGCGACGCGUCGAACGAUGCUUCCGCCAGCGGCAGCGGCAGGCUGGCCAGCUGGAGCCGCCUAGCUUCCAGCAUGCCCUGGGGUGUGCUCAUCGUCUACGGCUGCGUGCAUAGCAUGCUCAUCGCAUCCAGGGUGUCCGGCUUCUCGGCGCUGGCGAGCAACGUGAUCCUGCGGUUGAACGACCUGGAUCCGGUGACCAACCAGUUGAUCCUCACCUGCGUCGCUGCCUUGCUCACCGAGGUCGUCAGCAGCACCACCACGGCAUCCAUGCUCGUGCCCCUCGCGAUAUCACUGGCCCAGCAGAGCAACGCGCACCCGCUCUACCUCGCGAUCCCCGUGACGGUGGCCUCGAGCACGUCCCUGCUGACGCCCGUCGCCUCCACGGCCAUCACUGUCGUGGUCUCCUACGCCGAGAUCAGCAUCGCCGACCUGCUCAUCCCGGGGCUGAUGAUCAAGGCGUUUGUGGUGACCUCGGUACUGCUGUCGGUCAACACCAUAGGGGAAUACGUCUUCAACUUCGACGACAUCGCUAACCCCUACGUCACUGCCCACGUGAACUAUUCUCAAGUUUAGGGCACCUCGGAACUGUAUAUAUAGGGAAAUUACUGUACAUAUAGCACGUACUUUUGAGCGUCUGUGUUUGCAUAUACGUUUCGAAAAGAAUUCGAACAUGAAUACAUUGAGGCGAAAUGUCGGCCUAAUGUAAAGCUUUGGGGGAUAGUUGGCUCAGCGCAUCUGUGACUACGGGCGCGCGAUAUACUAAAGCGAUGGAUGGACGCGGGAAGAAAAUGUCAAUUCUAUCAAUACUUUUGCUGAAAGACAUUCUUGAAUGGCAGCUACCACUGUUUCCAUUUGCCUUUUGCUUUCAGGGUUUGAGCAUGUCUGGCAGAUAUCGGGGAAAAUAUUGCCGAAAGAGAAAGAAAAUAAAGCUAGAAGGAAAACA